AUGACGGCCAGGGCAAAAAGGAUUGCGCACCUGGGCGACUUUACUUGGAGAUAUCGACUAUGGGAAUGGUUACGCCCGUUGGGGGAUGGCACAAUUUUCGAAGACGUGGAUUUCGUGGGACCAUGGACAGGGACCUACCCCCCAGUGAAGCCCGAGACCGCAGAACCAAAACCGCCGCCGUUGAUGGGUGACAACCCGGUCGGUAAUAGUGACUCUGGUCCAAUUACAAAUCAGGGUGGCGCAUACAACAAGGGUGUGAACUCAGAUUUUCCUGAUCGACAUCUCGCCAGAUGGGGAUUGCAGGCAGCUCAAGUGAAAAGCCAAGUAUUCACCGCUGUUGAAAGAUACUCUCCCAGUUAUUUGUUGCUUAUGAUCGGCUUCAACGACAUUGGCUGGUUUGUAAGCGAUGCUGAUGGGCUCCUCAAGACUUUGGGCGAGAUUGUGAAGGGAGCUCAAGCAGUCAACCCAAAUCUCCAGAUUCUGGUUGCCAAUAUCGUUCAUCGUACUGCUAUCGGCGGCCGUGAAGACCUAGUCGAAAAAACUACCUCGGUAAAUACCAGGCUGCCUGGUUGGGCCGAUGAAUGGUCGACAGAUAGCUCUUCCGUGAAGCUAGUCGACAUCGCUUCUGUCUACAAAUGUGGUACUGGCGGCUGUCCGGACGGGUAUGACGGGCUUCAUCCCAAUGCAGAGGGUGAAUACCAUAUUGCCAGCGAAUUUUCGAAUGUACUGGUGAAAGAUUUCGCCAUCGGCAGUGAUCGCCUCAAGGUUCCUGCUAGCAUUCCUGUCCGAACUGCCUCGGUCCCAUCCAAUUUCAAAGUUACAGCUGCUCCCUCUGGUAUGGUAGCUUCGUGGGACCACGUGUUCGGCGCCUUUGGCUACGAAAUUCGUACUGCCAUUGGUGAUCAAGACUGGUCAGAGCCAAUCAGGAUAAGCACAAAUGCUUAUUACUACAGUUGGGUCCGUAAAAAUGCGUCGGUGCGAACGGUCAUGGGAGAUGACAUCAAAUCAUCAUGGACGAGCACUCAAUCAGCAACAGCAAACCCCCAAACCCCAAGACCACCCAGAAAUGUUACUACUUCGCCAGCUGGGAGCUCCAUGGUUGUGCGCUGGAAUCCUUCUCUAGAUUCUGUCGAACGCUAUGGAGUCAUCUACUACGACCAGACAGAUAAGGGAUUUGCGCAGAGUGUCGGUACUCACGCCAACUACUUGAACAUAGAUGGUCUCAAGAUCGGUCACUUGUACACCGUUGCAGUACAGUCCUGGAACAGCAAUGGCGGAGGUUUACCACAGCCUGCACGAGGGGUAAUUCCUGGCUCGGGCCGGCCUUUGACCCCGAGGCUUCUCUCGGUAAAGAGCAUAGACAAUUACGAAUUACAACUGAAGUGGGCUGCGGACGUGGUCUAUACUGUAGGAUAUCGUGUAUGGAUCCGGAACACCAAGGAUGGGAAGCCGGCGACUACAGAUGAGUAUGGCACAACCACAGAUCUCACCUACAGUAUUUUCUUCAUGUUUUCUCCCUGGGACUACGAGUUCUGCGUCACGGCGUACAAUGGGGAUGUCGAGUCGCCGAAAUCGAAUUGUAUGAUUCCCGAGAAGUUAUAA